UGUCGCUCAGAGGGGUCUCCGCCCUUAAGCCCCACCCCCGAGGCUGCUCCGCCUCUCCCAGCAGGGCGAGGCCCGGAUUGGACAGCUCCGGGGGUGGGCGUGGCCGAUGGCCGCGCUGGGACUGCGGGAGCACCGCGGUGGUUACCGAGCCUAGAGGAUACUAGUGACUUGCGAGGGGUCUCUGCAGGUAGCUUCCUGUCGCCUGGUCUGAGAUCCGGACCCGAGGCCGAAGCCGGAGCCCGCAAUCCGGGAGGAGCGUGGAGAGGGCGGGAUUUCCGCCGCGAGGGAUCCGGCCGCUCAGGGGGUGGGGCUUCCCCGACAGGGCUGCGUUUCCCGCGUGCGGGGCCGGGUGCCGUGGGUCCUUGCAGACACCCUCCACGCCCUCCCCCAGGCGGCCAAGGAUGACCACGCUCACGCGUCAAGACCUCAACUUUGGCCAAGUGGUGGCCGACGUGCUCUCCGAGUUCUUGGAGGUGGCGGUGCACCUGAUCCUCUAUGUGCGCGAGGUCUACCCAGUAGGCAUCUUCCAGAAGCGCAAGAAGUACAACGUGCCGGUUCAGCCCUGUGGGGAUUGUGUGCAGAUGUCCUGUCACCCGGAGCUGAACCAGUACAUCCAGGACACCCUUCACUGUGUUAAACCACUCCUGGAGAAGAACGACGUGGAGAAGGUGGUGGUGGUGAUUUUGGAUAAGGAACACCGCCCAGUGGAGAAGUUUGUCUUUGAGAUCACUCAGCCGCCCUUGCUGUCCAUCAGUUCAGACUCCCUCCUGUCUCAUGUGGAGCAGCUGCUGCGAGCCUUCAUCUUGAAGAUUAGUGUAUGUGAUGCUGUCCUGGAUCACAACCCUCCAGGCUGCACAUUUACAGUCCUUGUGCACACCAGAGAAGCUGCCACGAGAAACAUGGAGAAAAUACAGGUCAUCAAGGACUUCCCAUGGAUCCUGGCAGAUGAACAGGAUGUCCACAUGCACGACCCCCGGCUGAUACCCCUAAAAACCAUGACGUCGGACAUUUUGAAGAUGCAGCUGUAUGUUGAAGAGCGAGCACAUAAAAACAGCUGAGGGCACGCCUACCGCCCGCUGCCCCGCC